UCGACUCGUGUCGGCAGAGGGCGCCGGUUCUCGCUCUCUACUGUGGCACACGGAAGUAGCCGAUGGGGGUCUGAAAGUGCUGGUAAUUUUAUCCUCUUUGAUGAGGGUUAACAUCGCACCGCAGCGUUCCUCUUGCCGUUUUCACGGGAUCAUGACAAUUUUAAACAAUGGAAUAGUCACCCCUCGUUUGAGCUCAGACGACAUUUGAUUCAACCAAUUCCCAUUUGAAUAACCCCGCUUCGGAAGAAAAUGGAUCAGGAGUUUGAGAACAUCGAUUCAUCUGGACAGUGGCAAAACCUUUAUAAUGAAAUCCGUAACCAGUCUCAUGAGUGUCCCUACAAAGUGGCAAAGUUCCCAGAAAAUCGCAAUAGGAAUAGAUAUAGAGACGUCAGUCCCUAUGAUCACAGUCGGGUGAGAUUAGAAAAUUCAGAGAAUGACUACAUAAAUGCGAGCCUAAUUACCAUGGAGGAGGCCCAGAGAAGGUACAUAUUGACACAGGGCCCACUGAGGAACACUUGUGGUCACUUCUGGCAAAUGAUUUGGGAACAACGCUGCAAAGCAGUUAUUAUGCUUAACAGAGUUAUAGAGAAAGGCUCGGAGAAAUGUGCACAGUAUUGGCCAUCAAAGGAGGAGCGAGACAUGGAUUUUAUUGACACUGGGUUUAUGGUGACUCUGGUGUCUGAGGAUGCCAAAUCGAAUUACAAAAUCAGACUGUUAGAACUUAAAAAUGGCAAGACUGGAGAAACCAGAGAGAUCUACCAUUUUCAUUACACAACGUGGCCUGAUUUUGGUGUACCAGAGUCCCCAGCAUCAUUCCUCAACUUCCUUUUCAAGGUUCGAGAGUCUGGCUCAUUGGGGCCAGAGAACGGACCUGCGGUGGUCCACUGCAGUGCAGGAAUAGGAAGAUCUGGGACUUUCUCAUUGGUUGACACCUGCCUUGAUUUGAUGGACAUGAGGAAAGACCCUUCGUCUGUGGACAUACAAAAGGUUUUGUUAGAUAUGAGAGAGUAUCGAAUGGGACUUAUCCAAACCCCAGAUCAGCUUCGAUUUUCAUAUAUGGCAGUCAUGGAGGGAGCAAAGAGCAUCCUCGGAGACUCAGCUCUACAGCAGAAGCAGCCUACAGAAUGGCAGGAACCAGAAGCUUAUUUGGUUUCAUCUUCUCAGAGCUCCAUCUUGAGUUCAGAGAAACUCAACGGACAGUCUGACUCUUGUUCAGAGUCACAUGAUCCAGGAAGAGAACAAGACAGCAUACAUUCACCAAAGGAAGAGCAUACAGAGUUAAAAACAUUAAGUCUACGCAAGCAGAACCGUGAGGAGCGGAUAGCCAGCACGGCACAGAGGGUGCAGCACAUGAAGCUGAAACUAAGCGAUUCGGAGAAGAAGAAAGAGAAGUGGCUAUUUUGGAAACCAAUUCUCCUAAAUGUCGGUGCUGGUGCAGCUGUAGCAGUAGGACUGUGCAUGUGCUGGAUUUAUUAUCGUAUGGUUCUAAAUAAUCUCCGAAUUCGUAAAGUAUCAAAGCUCAUGAACACUACCGUUCGUUAA